GCUCCUGUAUCUCAGCCUGAAGAGCUCCGAGACCAGAAUCCAGACUCAGUCCAGGACAACACGGUCCACCAGUCACAGCGGAGACCUGCAGGACGAUGGAGAACCAGAACCCGGACCACAGGAGCCAAACAGCAGCCUCGUGCUCUGAUAGCACCGAUGUUCAGAAACGGAGAGGAAGAGAGGGACUCAAACAUCACCGCUGUCAGCACUGUGACAAAUCCUUCACACGAUCUGAACAUUUAAAGAUUCAUCAGAGACGGCACACUGGAGAGAAACCAUACAGAUGUGACCAGUGUGGGAAAGCUUUUAGUGCAUCAGAUCACUUAAAAAGGCACCUACGUGUUCACACUGGAGAGAAACCUUACAGCUGCGACCGAUGUGGGAAAGCUUUCAGGACAUCAGGUGAACUAAAAGUCCAUCUACGUGUUCACACUGGAGAAAAGCCGUACAGCUGUGACAUGUGUGGGGAAGCGUUUACUCAGUUAGGUAACUUAAAAACGCAUGAAUAUCUGCACACUGGAAAGAAACCGUACAGCUGUGACCAGUGUGGGAAAGCUUUCACUACAUCAGGUGAACUAAAAAGGCACCAGCUUGUUCACGCUGGAGAGAAACCGUACAGCUGUGACCAAUGUGGGAAAGCUUUCACUACAUCAGGUGAACUAAAAAGGCACCAGCUUGUUCAUACUGGAGAGAAACCGUACAGCUGUGACCAAUGUGAGAAAGUUUUCACUACAUCAGGUCACCUAAAGUUGCACCUACGUGUUCACACUGGAGAGAAACCACACCCCUGUAAUAUGUGUUGGAAAGCUUUCACUACAUCAGGUAACCUAAAGUUGCACCUACGUGUUCACACUGGGGAGAAACCGUACAGCUGUGACCAGUGUGGGAAAGCUUUCAGGACAUCAAGUGAACUAAAAGUCCACCGACGCGUUCACACUGGAGAGAAACCAUAUUGGUGUGACCAGUGUGGGAAAAUGUUCACUACAUCAGGUCACCUGAAGUUGCACCAACGUGUUCAUGGCGAGAAACCGUACAGAUGUGACCAAUGUGGGAACAUUUUUAGUAACAAUUUCGCUAACCUGCCUAUUCAUCAGAGAGUUCACACUGGAGAGAAACCGUACAGCUGUGACCAGUGUGGGAAAACGUUCAGUGUAUCAAGUAAUUUAAAAACCCACAAACGUAUUCACACUGGAGAGAAACCUUAUAGGUGUGACCACUGUGGGAAAGCAUUCACUACAUCAAGUGAACUAAAAAACCAUGAACGUGUAUACACUGGAGAGAAACUGUACAACUGUGACCAGUGUGGGAAAGCUUUUACGCAAUCAGGUGAACUAAAUAUCCACCAACGUGUUCACACUGGAGAAAAACCGUACAGCUGUGACCAGUGUGGGAAAGCUUUUUCUACAGCAGGGAACCUACAAAGACACAGACAUGUUCAUACUAAAGGAAAACCAUACAGGUGUGACCAAUGUGAGAAAGCUUUUACUCAGUCAGGUGACCUAAAAAUCCACCAACGUGUUCACACUGGAGAGAAACCAUACAGCUGUGACCAGUGUGGGAAAAAAUUCAAUGUAUCGAGUAACUUAAAAAAACACAAACGUAUUCACACUGGAGAGAAACCGUACAGGUGUGACCAGUGUGGGAAAGCUUUCACUACAUCCGGUGAACUAAAAAUCCACCAACGUGUUCACACUGGAGAGAAACCGUACAGGUGUGACCAGUGUGGGAAAACGUUCACCAUCUCAAGUAACUUAAUAGUUCACAAAUGCAUUCACACAGGCGAAAAACUAUACUGGUGUGAACAAUGUGGCAAAACUUUCACUACAUCAAGUAAAUUAAAAGCCCACCAACGUAUUCACACCGGAGAAAAACCAUAUGGAUGUGAACAAUGUGGUAAAGUUUUCACUACAUCAGGUUGCCUGGAAAAGCACCGACAUGUUCACACUAGAGAGAAACUGAACUGGUGUGACCAAUGUGGGAAAAUGUUGGCAUGGAGUACUUCCCUUAAACGUCACCAACGCAUUCACGCUGCUUUGCUUUGAACAGUUUUCAGUACUAAGCAAGCUGUUUCCUCCUGCCCCCUUCUCCUGAUAGCAUACUGCGCUGUUGAGCCACAACAAAUUACCGUGAGGGAAAUUACUUUACCGCGACAGCCCUAGUGUUUUAUUCAGAGCUUGUCUACAAACUGAGGAUAAACAACAGUAACUUUAAAUAUUUAGUAGCAUGUUUGUUAUUGUAGAUGUGACUACAUACUGUCCUGCUCAUCCUCUACUCACAAUAAUGGUCUGAAACUACAGCAUGUUUGCUGGUUUAUGUUUUUCAAGUGACAAUGUAGCAGUCUGCAGCUAUUUUCAUUUAUUUUCCCAUUGCUUUGGCCAGAUCUGCAAUACUCUGGUUCUUGGUUAGGGAUCAUUUAGAGCACUUUGUUGUACAGAGAGUGUUGCUCUAACUCCUCAGCAGGGAUUGAGUGCAGCUGGGUAAUUCCCUCUGGGCCAAUCAGGGUGUGCUGACGUCCAUUCUGGAAGGCAUAAGAAGAGGGGCGUACCUGCGCACUGAAGCAUUGCGUCUUUUUUCUUGCGUCUGCGUCUUUUUGAAGCAUUCUGAAACCUGUAUAAUGUGCGCAGAACUCACUCCACAUACAGACGUCAGCCUAUAGCUCUGUCCUUUGGGACCUGCUGAGAUCGCUUUUGCUGUCUCUUUUGUCUACCAUGGUAAGAAAUGGGUUCAGAGUGGACAUAUAGACCAUAGCACCACUAUUUGUUGUUGUUGCUUUCAUUUAAAACCCCUUGCCCAUUCAUUCUUUUUGUUUUUGUGUUUUAUUUCCUGUAGUAUUUUAGUGUCCAGUUUUGUUUUUGGGGUUGUUGCUUUGGGAGUCUUUACCAUGUAUGAGAAACAACCUCAUGUCAAACGAUUCACCUGAUUAUGACAAUGACUACAUUUAUUAUUUUGACCAAACUGCUUUAAUAAAAUAUUUUUUGAUGCCCUAG